UUCAGUUUAAAGGGGUUCGCCGAACCCUUUUGAACAAGGCUGUCAGUUUCCAAUAAAAGCAAUAGCAACCCUGCUUUUUAGACAAAAUAAAUUAAGUAAGUUUUCUUUAGACUCGCAAGGAACACGAAGGCCGAGGAUCCUACCCGCUGAUAGAAUGGCUGCCACUCGUCGCCUGACCCGCGAGCUCUCGGACUUGAAUGAUGCCAAGAUGAGCACGCUGCGGAACCUUGAGAGCAGCGACGAGACCCUGCUGCUGUGGACGGGACUGCUAGUUCCGGAAAAGGCCCCCUACAACAAGGGCGCAUUCCGCAUCGAGAUCACCUUCCCGCCCCAAUACCCCUUCAUGCCGCCAAAGAUCCUCUUCAAGACGAAAAUCUACCACCCCAAUGUGGACGAGAAGGGAGAGGUGUGUCUGUCGAUUAUCAAUUCUGACAACUGGAAGCCCACCACGCGGACGGAGGACGUGCUGCAGGCUCUGGUGGCCAUCAUCCACAAUCCAGAGCCAGAGCAUCCGCUGCGUUCCGACCUGGCCGAGGAGUUUGUCAAGGAGCACAAGAAGUUCAUGAAGACCGCCGAGGAGUUCACCAAGAAGAACGCGGAAAAGCGACCAGAGUAAAGUCAACUGGUAGUUCACAGAUCCCAUUCAAUGUAUAUCCAAAUUUAAUACAGUUUAGACCCUGAAUCCAAA